GUUAAAGGGUGAUCUUGCCUACAAUUACAAGGGACCGAGGACAAAAGAUGAUAUUGUAGAGUUUGCCAACAGGGUGGCAGGACCAGCCGUCCGAGCCCUUCCCAGCAAGCAGAUGUUUGAGCACAUGAUGAAACGGCACGAUGUGCUUUUUGUGUAUGUUGGUGGGGAUUCUCCUCUCAAAGAGAAGUACAACGACGCUGCCUCUGAGCUCAUUGUCUAUACUUACUUCUUCUCUGCUUCAGAGGAAGCCUUGCCAGAGUCAGUAUCUUUGCCAGAGCUUCCUGCUGUCGUAGUCUUUAAAGAUGGAGGCUACUUUACCUAUGAUGAGUACGAGGACAGUAGCUUAUCAUUGUGGGUGAACAAGGAGCGCUUCCAAGGAUACCUUCAGAUUGAUGGCUUUACGUUGUAUGAGCUGGGGGAAACAGGUGGC